CUGCUGUCGCCGAAAUGGAGCCACCUGUGGCCAGCAACAUACAGGUCCUGCUGCAAGCGGCCGAGUUCCUGGAGCGCCGCGAGAGAGAGGCCGAGCAUGGCUACGCGUCCCUGUGCCUGCACCGCAGUCCAGGCCCCAUCCACAGGAGGAGGAAGCGACCCCCCCAAACUCCUGGCGCGCUGGACAGUGGGCGGUCUGUGCACAAUGAGCUGGAAAAGCGCAGGAGGGCCCAGCUGAAGCAGUGCCUGGAGCAGCUGAAGCAGCAGAUGCCCCUGGGGGCCGACUGUGCCCGAUACACCACACUGAGCCUGCUGCGUCGUGCCAGAAUGCACAUCCAGAAGCUGGAGGAGCAGGAGCAGCGGGCCCGGCAGCUCAAGGAGAAGCUGCAUAGUAAGCAGCAGAGCCUGCGGCGGCAGCUGGAACAGCUCCGGGGGCCGGCAGGGGUGGGCGAGCGGGAGCGGCUGCGGGCGGACAGCCUGGACUCUUCAGGCCUUUCCUCUGAGCGCUCCGACUCAGACCAAGAGGAGCAAGAGGUGGAUGUGGAGAGCCUGGUGUUCGGGGGCGAGGCUGAGCUGCUGCGGGGCUUCAGCGCCAGCCAGGAGCACAGCUACUCGCACAGCUACUCGCACAGCGGCAGCACCUGGCUAUGAUGCCCGCCAGCUGAGCAGGCCUCUGCCCUGAUCACCCUCACACCGCUGGGCUGACAGUGCCAGCAGGAGCUCCCCUCAAGCCUCAAGGGCUGCUCAGCAUCACCUGUUGGAGUGGACUAAAAGGACCUUUGCAUGGGAACAAGUGCUAGCUGCCAGGUGGUCCCUCCUGGGGGGAGGUGGCACCUGGAGCCUUACCGGAGCCCUGCAGUGCAGGUAGAUUGGGCCUGGGCCGCCCUUUCCUACAUUUUUUGUAGCACUUGGCUCUGCUGCCCCUGUGGGGGCAGGAAACCUCUCAGAGCUUCAUGUUCCUUCCUGGACAAGGCCCCCUGGCCUUUGC